AUGAGCCGACGGGCAUUACCGUCAUCACCUUGGAUCGACCUAGCAAUAGAUUUCCUUGGUCCUUUGCCUUGUGGAUCAUAUCUGUUAGUAUUCAUUGAUUACUUUAGCCGCUACGAGGAGGUGGAAAUCAUGUCUAAAAUCACGGCCAAGGAUACGGUAAGCCGGCUGGAUAGAAUAUUUACUCGUUUGGGUUAUCCUCGAGCCAUAACCUUGGACAACGCCAAGCAGUUUAUUGGUACCGACUUGGACGCGUACAGCAAGGCCAAGGGAAUAUUGUUGAAUCAUUCAACGUCAUAUUGGCCCCAAGAGAAUGGGCUGAUUGAACGGCAAAAUCGAUCACUAAUGAAAAGACUUCAGAUUAGCCAUGCUCUCGGCAGAGACUGGAGGCAGGACUUACAUGAUUAUUUAAUCAUGUACUAUACCACGCCCCAUUCAGUUACCGGGAAAACGCCAACAGAACUCAUGUACGGACACACGAUUCGAUCAAAGUUACCAGCAGUGGAUGAUGUUGAGACGUACUUCCUGCUGGGCCUGCUGGGCUGGGCCUGCGUUUCGAGAUCGGGACCAAGUGCUGAAAGCGAAAGGGAAGGAAAUAGAGGACACACUUCGUCGAGCAAAACGGUCAUCAAUUGA